AUGGCCACCAGCUUGGCAGAAAUCAAACACAACAAAAAAGAGAACUAUCUUAAGGACAAGCUUACAGCCAUAUCACAUAAAUCCACACAAUCUUUUGAAAGGAUCAGUUAUGGAGCAACAAAGUAUGCUCUUAGUGAUAAACAUUUGUAUCCACACUUUUUCCGGAUGGUGCAAAAUGACCAUACUUAUUACAAGAUUUUAUCCCGCCUUCUGAAACAGUUCAACUGGAAUUGGAUUGGAAUUUUAACAACAUAUGAUGAUGCUGGAGAAACAGAGCAGCUAGCUUUUAUGGAAUACUUGUCCAAUGAUGGUAUCUGUGUGUCAUUCACCUUCAAAUUGUCUGUCUAUAAACUCACCAUUAAAGAGAGUGAAGUACAGAGCAUGUUAUCCACUAUUGAAAAGUCAUCUGCUCAAAUUAUUGUACUUUGUGGAUCAUUUGAUAUUGCAAUUGUUUCAGUGAUUUCUAUGAUACAGUCAUCAACCAAGAAAACGACGAUAAUUAUUCCCCCAUCCUGGUCCAUAAUUCAUAAUUCUAAACCAAAUAAGUAUACUACAUUACUUAAUGGCAGUUUGGCAUUAGAGGAUUAUUACAUACCUUUCCCAGAAUAUGGAGACUUCUUUGAUAAUAUUAAUCCCUCAAAUCGUCCAAAUGAAAACAUUCUUUCUUAUGUAUGGACUACAGAAUACCUUUUUCGUUAUGAAGAUCCAUCAAAUUGCUCUAACAUCUACUCUGAUAUCAUUGCUAAGGACUAUCUAACACAGGGAGCUUCUCCUCGAGUAUAUUACACAGUUUUUGCCAUGGCUUCUGCCCUGCAUGAGAUGCACGUAGAUCUUAAUGACAAUUACAUAGGUUAUAAUUACAGAUAUCAGCUUAAUCAUUAUAUAAAAAAUCUCAAAAAUAUGUUUGAAAUGAAUCGCACCAUGCUUUUUGAUGAUGCUGGAGAAUUUCCCUAUCAUUAUACAUUUACAAAUUGGGUAAGCGUUCCUUGUGAGUCAGUAGAAAGAAAGGUUGUGGGCAACUUCUCAGAAUGGGUACCGGAGGGACAGCAGCUGUUCAUCGACCCCAAACGUAUAACAUGGCUCAACAAUAAUAACGAGAUUCCAAGGUCUCAAUGUUCAGAUAACUGUUUACCAGGAUUUAGGAAAAUGCCCGGGACUGGAAUUGUAGUUUGCUGUUACGACUGCACAAAAUGCCCCGAUGGAGAAAUAUCCAAUAAAUCUGAUAGUGAAAACUGUAUAAAAUGCCCAGACAACGAAUGGUCCAAUGAGAAGAAGAAUAAGUGUAUUCCCAAAGUGGAACAAUUUUUAUCCUUCAAAGAUGAUGCUAUUACGAUUGUGUUCGCAUUUGUUUCAGUUUUACUUUUCCUUAUAACUCUUAUGAUAUUAGUGAUUUUUCAUUUAUUCAAAGAAACAGCAAUUAUCAAAGCCAAUAACAAGAAUCUCAGCUUUGUUCUCCUGGUUUCCGUCAUGCUGAGUUUCCUUUGUGUGUUUUUGUUCCUCGGUCGUCCUGUGGAUAUAACCUGUAAGAUGCGUCAAUCUACUUUUUUUAUAAUUUACUCAAUAGCAGUCUCUUCUGUUUUGGGAAAGACUGUCAUGAUCUGUAUAAUUUUCAAAGCUUCUAGGCCUGGUAGUAACUGGAAAAAUUGGGUCAAUAUGAAGGUAUCAAACUCUUUAGUUUUGUUUUUCUCUUUAAUUCAAAUCAUAAUUAAUAUUACUUGGUUGAUUGUUUCUCCUCCAUUUCAUGAGCUGGACAUGCAAUCAUAUCCAGGAAUUAUCAUUGUUCAGUGUAAUGAAGGCUCGGUUAUUUUAUUUUAUUCGGUCCUGGGUUACAUGGGUUUCCUGGCAGCUGUUAGUUUCAUUUUAGCUUUUCUAGCCAGGACAUUACCGGACAGUUUUAAUGAGGCCAAGUACAUCACCUUCAGCAUGCUGGUAUUCUGCAGUGUUUGGAUUGCAAUGAUCCCGGCCUAUCUGAGCACCAAAGGGAAGAACAUGGUGAUUGUAGAGAUUUUUGCCAUAUUGACUUCAAGUGCUGGACUUCUGGGCUGUAUAUUUUUACCAAAAUGCUUUAUUAUUGUUUUUAAACCUGAAAUUAAUACAAAAACAGUUAUGCUUCAUGGGACACAAAGAUGA